AUGUCUAUGGUACGAAGACAAGCCCGGCAAAGAAGGGAUUACCUUCACCGGCGAGCCCUGGCUCUGCAAGAAAGCGCUACGGCGGAGCGACGAGCCAAGCUGAGAGAGUCCCUGGCUUCUGGCAAGCCAUUGGCCGCCGAAAUUGCCAACGACAAGGAACUGCGCAAGGACUACGCCUACGAUGAGACGGCCGAGCAUGACCUUGCGCUGCUGGACGACGAGUACCAAGCCCUCUCCGGGAUUCAGGAUCCCCGAAUCCUCGUCACCACCUCUCGCUCGCCCUCGAGCAAACUCAACACCUUCUCCAAGGAGAUCCGACUCCUGCUCCCGACAGGCACAUACAUCAAUCGAGGUACGAUGACAAUGGCGGAGCUGGUGCGUGCUGCCAAGGCUGCCGGCCUCACAGAUAUUAUACAUGUUGCCGAGACCAGAGGCACCCCUACCUCCAUGACAAUAUCACACCUACCACACGGACCGACGAUCGCAUUCAGCCUGCACAACGUGACUGCCCGGCACGACCUUCCCGGGUAUCUGAAAGGCACUAUCCCAGAGUCAUAUCCGCACCUUAUCUUCGAUGGUUUCACCACAAAGCUGGGUAAACGUGUUCAGCGAAUUCUGACACACCUGUUCCCCCCCAGGGACGCUGCAAUGAAAGUUGGCAAUCGUACCGUUACGUUCAAGCGUUUGGAAGAUGAUAGUAUCGAGAUGAGGCACCACCUCUACGUUCGUACAGGGUACGAUCAACUGGAGCUUUCAGAAAUUGGACCGCGGAUGACGAUGCGAGUCUAUGAGAUCCGGAACUGUACGAUUGAUAACAAGGAGGGGGAUGUUGAGUGGCAGUACUCCCACUACACGAGAACUUCGAGAAAGAAGACUCAUCUUGGGUAA